GCCCGGCCGGCUGCGGCGAGCGCUUGGCAGCGGGACGGGAGCGCGGACCCGCGGCGCGUUUGUGCGGUCCCUCGCCGUCGCCUUCCUCCGCUGGGGCGGGAGCGGCUGGCGGGAGGACGGCGGGCGGGCGCUGCUGCUGCCUCCGCCUCCGCCUCCGCCUCCGCCUCCGCCGGGCGCGGCCGGCACCAUGCUGGAGAGCGGCGGCGGCGGCUGCAAGGCGGUGAAGGAGGGCGUGCUGGAGAAGCGCAGCGACGGGCUGCUGCAGCUGUGGAAGAAGAAGUGCUGCAUCCUCACGGAGGAGGGCCUGCUGCUCAUCCCGGCCAAGCAGCAGCAGCUGCAGCAGCAGCAGCAGCAGCAGCACCAGCCCCCGCCGCCGCCCCCGCCGCCGGCCGCAGGACCCCCCGACCAGUCCUUGCCGCCGCCCCUGCCGCCGCCCCCGCCGCCGCCCAGGCCCUGCCCGCCCCCCGCCGCCGCCGCCGCCGAGCCCCCGGCCAAGCUGAAGGAGCUGCACUUCUCCAACAUGAAGACGGUCGACUGCGUGGAGCGCAAGGGCAAGUACAUGUACUUCACGGUGGUCAUGGCCGAGGGCAAGGAGAUCGAUUUCCGCUGCCCGCAGGACCAGGGCUGGAACGCGGAGAUCACCCUGCAGAUGGUGCAGUACAAGAACCGCCAGGCCAUCCUGGCCGUCAAGUCCACCCGCCAGAAGCAGCAGCACCUCGGCCAGCCGCCCCCGCACGGCCCCGGCCUCCCCCGCCUCCCCCGCACCGCCUCCAACCCCGCCUAGCCCGCAUGUCGAGGCGCGGGGGGCUGCGCCCCACGCUCCGCGCCCUCCCUCCCGCCCCCGCACCCUCCUCCCACCGGACUUGGGACCCCCGGGCACCCAGACUUUAACUCCUUUAUUUAUGGAUCUUCUACUACGGUGGACCCUCCAGGGCGUGCAGCCUAAUCUUAUUUUAAUGUAUUUUCAUGUACCAUUAUUUAUUAGGAUUUUGUGUCUCUCUUUUUUUUUUUUUUUUUUUUAAAAAGCUUGUUUUCAGACAUUGCUGAAUGUAGGCCCUUAACCCCCCAAGGUCACAUAGCAAAUGAUUCAUCAGCACCCCCGGAUGCCUUUUAAGCAGAAAAAAGGGACGAGAGGGGGGAGGGAGGAGAAAAGAAAAAAAAGAAGAUGUUAGAAAACCCGCUUCGGGGGGCGGGGGGGUGGUCACUCCCUGACAUGGGGGAUCGAACAGUUUAUAUCUUGCGGUGUCGACCGAUCCGUCGGAUCCUUGAUUUUUCUCCGAAGUUAUAUUUGGGGGACAACCUAUGGAAAGGAUUCGGAAUCCUUGUGAGAAUUCCACUCUUCGAGGAACUGCUUCGGUGGGGAAGGGGUCGGGUUGUCAUCUGAUUUCAAAAUAUUUGUUAGAGCACAGUCCCGGUCGGAGGACGGACUUAUCGGAUUUCACUUACGGCCCAUUUUUUCCCGGGGAGAAAGAGACCAGUCCGGAGCGAAAUGUCAUGAUGUUCGAAAAAACGUAGGCUCUCCGAUUUUGAUUUGUGGGCAUGUAGCCGAUGAAAAAAAAUGUAUCUAUUUUGUCUCCUAAAAAUAGUAAAAAAAAAAAAAGAAUCGUUAUAUUUUUGUGUCUGAAUUUCUGCUUUAAAUCCCAUUUCCCCAUCAAAACAUCAGCCAAGGAGGGAUUUGAAGAAUCUCCCAGUCUAAAUCUGAGUUGUGUAAAUAUUUUGAAGGCUGCGUAACGCUUAGCUCGUACCUAGAGAGUCCGCGCUGUUCGGUCGGUGUCUCUGCCUGAUAAAAAGGCGUAUUGACUUCUCUGAUGCUAGGUUAACAAAACCCUGAAAAUCGGAAGUGAAGAGUUAAAUGGACAUUUGAUUUGGAGAAGACAACAGAGCUUAGUUUCUGCUGUCACCCCAUCAUUGAGGGAUUCUGGAAAACUCUCAAAGAGGAUGUGUCAGAACAAACACACUUCUGUUGGACACGGAAAGGAGAGUUAAACUACCCGGCACAGAGACAUCUUGAUGCAAACGGAACCGUUGAUGUUGUUGAAUGCUCUGGGGCCAAGAUUCACUUCCUAUCUGCAUGGAUUUAGUUUAAGGGUUUGUCUGUGCUUUUUAUUCUUCUCUGUCUUUCAGAAGCUCGCAGAACGUCAGCCCAUCCUUUGAAAAAUAGCAUUACGUUUGAGGGCAAGAUAUUGGAAUGAUUUUUGGAAAAUUCUGUUUUUAGAGUUUUUAAAAAAAGUCAACAAAGCAAGGAUCACCAAGCUGCUCUCCCUUCCCAGCCUGACACUUGGGUCGCCUGCGGGUCACGCCAUGGGGUGGGUGGGGGAGAGGCAGAACGGAGCAGAGGCACAGAAAGCAUUACCUGAAAAAGCAGCACAUCUAUGUGAUGGCUCAUUUGGGGGCAGGAUGAGGAAUGCUACGGCCAACAGAGGCUUCCGAUUUUGAACUGUGCUCAGUUUGCCAAAUAGAAGGCGAUAGGACCACGCGAGUCCACCGAAGGGGAAAAGCCGUUUGCUUUUUUGGUUUUGUUUGUUUUUUUUAACCCGAGGUUUGAGGCGCAAUAGGUCAUUUUACCUCCCCGACAGGGCCCCUGCGUUUUUGUCGGAUAUGUUAAUUUGCCUCUUUGGAUCCUCAUUUCCAGGUAAGGGAAGUUUGACAUCUAUAUUUAACCAUGGGGAUAGCAGUACUUUAAGGAAAAAAAAAAGGAAUGCCUCCACCUCAUUGGCUGAAAAUCUCUGAUUGGGUUUCGUGCCAGAGCAGAGACCUGAGUUGUUGGCUUCUACCUAUCCCUGAGCCCACGCUGUGGGUCGAGUAGUGCCUUUUCUGCCUCCUCCUUCAACGGGUACGCCUAACUGCCCCCGGUCGGAAUGCCAGGGCCGGAUAUUGGGAUCGGGGCCGGGUCCCUGAUUGUCCACUUUAGAACCCCUAAUGCUGGAAGGAUUUGCUGACGGUCUGUGGCAACCUUUCUUUAAAAGAAAGGUUUGUUUUUUAGAGGUUGUUUCUUUUUUCUGGGGUCCUUUUUGAUUUGGGGAUUCUUUUGAAGGAAUGGCACAUCAGAUCUGGAAGAGAUUCAAAGCAGGACUGGGUAGCCAUGGGUGAGUCUCCUCGCCCCUGUGCAACUGUCUAACUCACCUGAAAAGCUAAGAUCGAAUCACAUCCCUUGUAUUGAAAGUGUGAAAAAUGAGAUUCCCAACUAGAACUUGAACCACUGACUCUGAGACCCCAUAGCGGCCUGAAGUAUUCACACCCCUGAAGUAGAACUGAGGCACGGAGAGGAGAUGAUGAGAAGUAAUCAUGAUUGUGGUCGCCGUUAAGCCCUAACUAGGUGCCAAGCCCAGGACUAAGCCCCAGUAAGAUCAGCAAACACCAUUUCAGUCUCCUGCAGUGCUCCCAUGGCAGAGGCAUUUGUUAGUCCCACUCGGUGCCCUGGUAUUCGGGUAUUUUCCAUGGAGAGGGAACUUACUAAAUGUGUGUUUGUUCGCCAGAUCAAUCUCUUCACUCGCGUUCUCUUAAGGGAAUCAGGACCUCGUGUCCACCCCUCAGAGACUGAGGGGUCCCGCGUAUUUCAGCCCUGGGCCUCAAACACCGAAGGCCGGAUGCUGCUCGUUCAGGAGCACUUCUCUCUAAACCUUCAUUCCCCUCCUCUGAAAGGUGUUUACCGUGCAUGUCGACCCCUCCCUUGGAUUUCUUGGUUUUGCCCGACUCCAUUUGAAUUUUAAGCAUCUAAUGUCUUUUAACCGGAGUCUCAUUGGCUCCUAAUAGGAGAAGCGAAUUCUUGAAUUCUGUGGCUUCAGACUUCCCACCGACUGUCAGCUGUACAUGAGAUGGGACUGUGUCCGAUCUGCUUGUACAGAAUCUAGCCCGGCGCUUGGUACAUAGAAAGAGCUUAUUACCGCAAUGAACAUUGUCUAUCUAGCCUGGCUCCGGGGGUCCACCUCCCUGUCCAGAACAACAUAUGCCAGUAAUAGUCUUAGAAGAGGAGCCAAGUUUUGAAGGCCCUCCUUCUAGACUGUUAGCUGCUUAUGGGCAGAGAUCAAGUCUACCAACUCCGUUGCGUUUUACUCUCUCAAGUGCCAGGCACAGGGCUCUGCACAAGGUAAAGGCUCAGUAAAUGACAUUGAUCGACUGAGCGGAGGGGCUGGACUAAUCUUUCAGAUAGAUUUGAGGCCUCAUUUUGGGAACGCUCACAACUUUUGCCUAGAGAAUUAUUAUUUGCUGGAUAACAAGGACAUGUUUCCUGGGUGGCAGUUCUGUAGCAAAAUGUAAAAGGCUACUCAUCAACGAAAAGAACUCCACUGACCUGAGAAUUUCCUGUCAGUCAGUCAAAGGUAUUUAUUGAGUGCUUACUGCUUGCAGAGCACUUCUACUAAGUGCUCGGGAGAGUCCAGCAGAAAAUACAACAGAGAAACACAUUCCCUGCCCACAACGGGCUACUGCAAAUCUUUAAAACAUGUCACUGAAAUUAGAGACAGUAAUUGAUUUUACAUGCUAAGGGUUGCGCUGUAGAGAAAGAAAAAACUUUGCUGCUUUUUGAAAACCUUAAAAUUUUAGUGAUGGGGAAGAAAUAUGUUCCAUUUGGUUUACCACUUAUGUAUGGAGCAGAGACUUGUUGGGUCAAUUGGAUUUUUUUGUGUGUCUCAGUACUCUAUGUAUUUUUCUUUGAUAAAUCACAGCAAUAGAGUAACCAAAAGACCUGUUUGAAGUGGGUAGAAAAGGUAACUGUAUUUUGUCCUCCCUUGUUUGCCAGGUGAUGUCGAAAAUGGGUAUAGGAUUCUGAAGAGAAUUAGAGAGUAUAAAGUUAACCAGUUACUUAUGGGCACUGGCAAGCUCAGUGUCAUUAGUAGCGUUUCUGGACACCUGGUGAAGAAAGCUAAAUAAUGUUCCAUAAUCAGAAAUUUUAAUGAAUUUCCCUGGUGGCCUGUGUGUAAUGAAAAAGCAGAUUUUAGUAAUGGUGGACUUUGGAAGGUCUUCAACUAUUUCCUUUGCAUAAUCAAGAGAAUCAACAAAGCAUUCGGUGGCAUUCUGCAGUAUUUCCUCUCUUUAAGAUUCAUCAUACACAAAUUCCGGCUUCUGAAGAUUAGGUGCCAUGGAGUGCCAAAUGUUUUCUAGCAUAUAUUUGUGAACUGAAAUAAUAGUGUCAUGAUUUCUGUGUAAAGGACUCAUAUAUGAUUUCUGAGAUUUGAUUUAUUUUUCAUAUUUUUCAAAAUACAUUCCGUUUAAAAUAAAGAAAUAUCUAUCAAAAUGA